CUUCCCGCCAAAACUAGAGCUCACAAUCAAAAUGAUUCAAUCGACAGGUCUGAAAACUUUGGUUGCUGUUCUCCUUUCCGUCGGAGUAGCACAAAGCUCCGCCGCCACCCGAGAGCCACAAUAUGUGACGCUUCCCUCACUUCGAGAACAGCUUGCUAUCACCGACGCUUGGCGUUCUGAACGCAUUGCUAAUAUUCCCAAUAUCCUCAAGAAAUACGACGUCGAUGCAUGGCUCAUAUCACAACACGAACACGCCGAAGACACGGUCUUCUGGUCCCUGAAACGCGCCACCCAAUUCGCCGCCCGUCGCCGCACCCUCCAGCUCUUCCUCGCCUCUCCGGCCCCCGGUCUGCAGUCCUCGUAUUCAUGGAUCGAUAACACGCCCGAGGUCUGGUCUAACUUACUCGACGUUCUAGAAGCGCAGGAUGCGAGGAGUAUUGUCGUUAAUGUUGAUGCUGAGAUUGCGUUUUCCGGGGGCAUGCAUGCGGGGGAACUGGUCGAGAUCCAGAGACGGGUGGGCGAGAAGUGGCAGAGCAGGUUCGUGGCGGAACCGAUGGUGGGAGUUGAGGUUGUGGGGACGAUGCCUCGGGGGAAGGAGGGGGAUCGGUUGAAGUGGUAUAAGGGGUUGAUGGAGACGGCUUGGGCGAUGAUUGGGGAGGCGUUUAGUGAGAGGGUUAUUACGCCUGGGUUUACCACUACUGAGGACGUCGAAUGGUGGCUUCGAGAUAAAGUCCAAGCGAUGAACUACACGACCUGGUUCCAGCCAGACGUGAGCAUCAUCGGGAAAGACGAUUUCGGAGACCCGAACCCUUCUCCUAUCCAGCCCAAGAAUGUGAUCCAUUACGGGGACUUGCUGCAUGUCGACUUCGGCGUUACGGCUAUAGGUAUGAACACGGAUACCCAGCAUCUAGCCUAUGUUCUAUACCCGGGCGAGACCGAGAAAGACAUUCCUCAAGGUUUCAGAGUUGGAUUGAAGAAAGCCAAUCGAUUGCAAGACAUCGUUAGGGAGAAUAUGAAAAUCGGAAUGACUGGAAAUGCGAUCCUGACCAAGAGCUUGGAACAAAUGAAGAACGAGGGGUUUGACGGAAGAGUCUACUGCCAUCCGAUCGGCGACUGGGGGCAUUCGGCCGGGACAUUGAUCGGGAUGUUCAAUCUGCAAGACGAAGUGCCGGUUCUCGGGGAUUUGCCGUUGCUUAAUCACACGUACUACAGUGUGGAGUUGUAUGCAGAACAUUUCGUGCCCGAGUUGAAUAAGACGUUGAACUUCUACUUGGAAGAAGAUGUUCAUUGGGUUGACGGGGAUCAGUGGGACUGGGUUUGGGGGAGACAGGAAAAUUUCCAUCUGAUUCACUCAAAAGCGGCCAAUCAGGAAGGCUUCUUCGUACAAGAGCUGUGAGCAGGGGUAUCGGGAUAUAGGGAUAUAGGUGAUGCAAAUGUAAAUGCAGACCAGGAUCAGAUCUCAAAACCAGCAUUGAAUGCAUGCAUCGUAAACAGUUAUCUGGGUAACACA